ACACAGUGAUUGUUAAGGAAUAUCGAGCUAACAUCAAUGGGUAUAGAGCAUAUCGUUCCUCUCCAAUUAAGUGGCUUCAGGAUUAUAUGGGUGAAGCUCCAAGGCGGAUGGAGUAUAACAACAGUGUCAGUAUUUUCAACUGGUUUGUGGACCACAACUUCGUAGACUCUAGCAGGAUUGCUGAGAUAAUCUACAAGGAUAUUUGGCUCAAACCCCUGCCAUAUUACCUUGGGACUCAGGUAUCUGAAGAUGGAAUGGAGAAAGGUGAUGAGCAGCCUGUCACCUUGGAGAGCUUUUCAUUUAGAAUUGAAUCUGUUGGAGAUGUGUAAAAACACUCAAAGCUCUGGUAUGGAAUAUA